GGCUUUAAAAGAGUGUCGUAGGAACUUGAUAUUCUGAUUUAAAACGUAAAAGAAAUGAAAGUCAUAAGACGGAAAGGAGCUCAGGGAAGGGAAAGUAUCCUCACUGGUGCUAUCAGGAAUGCGCAAGUAGCACUGUGAAAGAUGCAUAUAUUUGCAUGUGCACUUUAAAAAAAAAGGUUAAAUGCUCUACUCAUUCCCAUGUAGACAGCUACAGGAAUGUCUCAUGGAGCUUUUCCCUGUCAUUAAAUCAUAAUUUGGGGAGUAGCCUUGGUUCUGUGCUAUGGAUAAUCCUCAUAACAGCUGCUAAGGAAGACAAAGACAAAAUAUAGUCAUUCAGAUAUAUUGUUCUGGUCAAGUAAAAUGGAUCCAUGUUCAGUUGGAAAUCAGCUGCAAGUUAGCAGCGAUUGCCAUAAAACAUACUUUACCUGUCACACUGGCUUCAAGACUAAGCAAGAAUUAUCAUCAACUGAUCUGUUACUCCUUCAGCUUAGGACUGGGAUAACUCUUUCAGAGAACAAUACAAUCUGCUUCCAUCAUGCUAAAGUUUACCUUGAUAGGUAUGAAGACUUGCAAAAGUCAUGCUGUGAUCCGUUUAAUAUGCACAAAAAGCUUUCAAGCAAAAACUUGCAUGCAAUUGACAUAGAUGAUGCAACUUUUCUAAGUGCCAAGUUUGGACGGCAGUUUAUACCUGGCUGGAAACUUUGUCCAAAAUGUACACAGAUAAUAAAUGGAAAUACAGAGGUUGAUUCUGAAGACCGUCAGCGAAGGAGACUUGAUUCAGACGGACGUACAGCUAAGGCCUUGAAGUCCUUACAGUUUGCUAAUCCAGGACGACAUACUGAAUUUGCUCCAGAAGUGAACAAAAGAGAAAAGAGAAGACUGCAAACAAAAAGCACAUCCAUUAAUUCAGACAGGCAACUAAUACCAGCAAAGAGCAAAGUGUAUGAUAGCCAAGGACUUCUGCUUUAUAGUGGAAUAGACCUCUGUGAUUGUCUUGAUGAAGAUUGCCUAGGAUGUUUCUAUGCUUGUCCCAAAUGUGGCUCCAGCAAAUGUGGACCUGAAUGCCGCUGUGAUCGCAAGUGGUUGUAUGAGCAAAUUGAGAUAGAAGGAGGAGAAAUUAUUCACAAUAAGCAAGUGUGAUAGCUUAUAUGUUGAAUUUAAGUCAUGAGUUAUGUGGGCCUGUAUUCCAAAUAUUUUAAAGGCAUACAUUUUGAUCAGAUUUCCAGUUAGUGUUUGAUGUGGUAUGUGAAAGGUGUGGAUCAGUUAAUUUCCCCGUGUUGGCAACCUUACAAAAAGAAAAGAAAAGCUACAACAAAGAUUAUUAAUGGUCAAGUUGAUUAAUAAGAACAGUAUUAGCCAUUUUAUACCAUGUGCUCUGUUGGAAAAAUAUUUCCCAAGUGUUUCCCCUCUUAUCACAUAGGGAAAAAUCCAGUAUUGCCAAUUUCAGAAAUGUGAACACUCUUUAGUCACUGUAACCGCUAACCAUGAGCAGUAUUAAUACUUGGUAGAUUUGCAAUUUGAUAAAAAUAUUGCAUGGUGGGUAGAAAAUAUGAAUGAGGCUUUUGAGAAGAUGAUUCCUUUUUGUUCUUUCAAUAAGAAAAAUAUUGGACUGUUUUGAAAGAAAAACUAUUCUGGGUUUUUGGUCUUGAUCUGAAUAGAAAUCUGUCCUGUGUUUUUAACAGUAUUUUACUGCUUGUGAUGAGGGACAAAGAAUUAACCAAAGAUGUAACAUCAGGUAGCAUUUCUGUUAUGAAUACGUUAUUUGAGGACCCCACAUUUGAGUCUCUAGGCAGUCUUGACAGAAUUUGUGGAAUGAAAUACAACAUAGUCUCCUUAGCUUUUUAAAAUAUGUGCAAGUUAUUUGAGUAUAGACAAUAUGAGCACAACUAGGGAGCCAGGAGGUUUUGUAUUUAAAUUUGUAAAUGCUGAUGCUCUGCACAAAGCCAUGAUGUACUGCACAUCUACAGAGUUUCUUUUGAGUAGUAAUUAAAAGGCUACAUCUUCUUACCUGCUAAGGCAAUUUGAGAAUGUUGCUAAGAAAAUCUAAGAGUAGAACAGGACCAUUUUCGUAGUCUUGAUGCUCCAUGCAGUAAGGGACCAUAUCUGUGUAAAUGAAGCUUAAGUGGGAGGAUAGUUGACUUGCCAUUUGAAAUUAUGGCUAGGUUCCAAAAUGUGUGAAAUUUAGAAAGUAACUGUUAAGUAUUAAGCUAGGAGCUUCAUUUGACUUCACCUAUGUGGAGGAAUUUAUGCUGUUAUCUGUACAGUCCUAGGAAGGCAAAUUGUGCCAUGCAAAGCAAGCAAGCUGCAUGGGAACUGGUGGGUGUUCAUCACUAAAUUCAGAAAGAAAUGGAAUUAAAUCCAUAGCCCUGAACCUAGAGUUCCAUAAUUACUCUAAUGUGCCCAUCUGGAGCUAUUCCCUUGUUUGACAUGUAGAUGUUUUUUGAGUGUCCAUGAGUUCUGAGAACCUUGGAAUAUAUUCAAGGAGUUGCUGUAUUAAGGCAAUUAUGCUUUUAUUUGUAUAUGUGUGUUUACACGUACAUGUAUAGAAUCGUUUCAUUAUCAAUUCUGUAACAAAACAUGACCAGUCAUAUCAUUUGCGAUUAUUUCUAUUUUAAAUUACUUAAAUAUUAUUCCUUUGCUGGAGUUACAUCAUAUCUGACUAAAUCUGUUGUGAAUUUUCUUACAAACAGAAGUUCACAGUAGAAAUAGUUGUUUAAAAUGGCUCAGCUUUGCAUCUUUUUUUUAAUCCAAGCAUUUUGUUUCCUAUCUAAAUCAAGAAAAAGUUGCGUAUAACUUAAUGGGACCAACCAAAAUUACAUAGUCAUUUUGGCUAGUCCUAAUAAAUGUAUUGCCAUACUGUGACUUUUACGUUGUUUUCUAAUGUAUGAAUCAAUAUAGGCUGAAUUAAAAUAAAACAGAAAUAACUUUAGAA